CUUUAAGAACUUUUCGCUAACCAUUGACACAGCUAAUUGCACUUUUAUAGCGCCAUGAGAGGCCGUCAAGCCCGUCCGGAUACAGGUGGAUUGGCAGCGCUCCCGCCUGUCUGUAGCAUGAAUUAUAUCUGGGCUAGUUGCCAGGCAGAUGUGCUUUAUUUGAAUAUCUGAAAGCAUUCUCAGUGACAACGGUAUGUCAAAUGAUAUGUGGUUAAUAUCUGGAUGCAAGCUCCGGGGAGGACGAUACCAAAAAUAUGGCUCGCAUUAUUUUGAUCGAAACCAAGAACUGUCUCCUUUUCUCCCUUCUGUAUAUUUAAAAGGACCUGCGGAUCCGUAUCCGAACUUGCAGUUGCUUGGAUAUGGUACAUCCUUGCUUAAUCCCCUCAUCUCACAUAAUACCAAGAGCGUAUGCAUCAGUCGAAGAAGUGGAGGGACGUCUGACAAGCAAGUGCCAAUUGUCCCAGACACACACACUGCUAAGAGCCCUCACUAUCGAAACAGAGACCACAAGUUUCCAAACAACUGAGGAUGGAAGCUCGGGAGAGUAAGCGGAACUUUGCGGCCAAUCGUCUCUUCAAUGUCCACGGGAAAGUCGCUCUCAUAUCCGGCGGCGGCUCUGGCAUUGGCCUGAUGGCCGCACAAACCCUCGCUGCCAACGGCGCGAAAGUCUACAUCACUGGACGUACAAGUGAGAAGCUUGAUCGGGCCGUAGAGCUCUAUUCGGAGGCUCCGGGGCAAAUCGUCCCGAUAGCGGCAGAUGUCACUUCCAAGGACUCGAUCAAGAGCCUGCUGCAACAGUUCUCGGCCAAGGAGAAAGCGUUGCAUAUCUUGAUAAAUAAUGCUGGAAUCACGACCUCAUAUCAAAACACCGAGCUCCGAGACCCGAGCGAUCUGAGCCGGGAGCUCUUCGAGAACGAAAAAAGCACCUUCGACGAAUGGGAUCGCAGUUUCCGGUCCAACGUCUCGCAGGUAUUCUUCAUGACAACCGCAUUCCUCCCGUUGUUGCAGAAGGGAACGGAGCUAGACCAUGGCUGGUCCAGUACCGUGAUCAAUAUCUCGUCAGUCUCGGGCAUCAUCAAGGUAUCGCAACACCAUUUCCCUUACAACGCGAGCAAGGCCGCAGCCGUCCACCUCACCAAGAUGCUAGCCCAUCAAAUCGUCUCUUCCGGUCUGCAGAUUCGCGUGAACAGCAUCGCCCCUGGAGUGUUCCCGUCGGAAAUGACAGUACAAGUGAGUGAGAAACAAGAGAGCGUUAUCCCCAAGGAACAGUAUGAAGGUAAAGUUCCCGCCGGACGGCCCGGUAACGAAGAGGACAUGGCCAGUGUUGUCCUUUUCGCUGCUACGAACCAGUAUCUGAAUGCGCAGACUCUUGCCGUUGAUGGUGGUUAUAUACUCGCUGCUGGUUCAUUCUGAUCGCGGACACGCACACCUAGAUGUUCU